CUGCGGCUGCCCGGCUGGGGGCGGGACUUCCGCUCCCGCCCGCGGGGUCCGUUCCGGGGCCUCCGCCGCAGGCUCUGAGCUCCCCAGGCCGGCAGGAGCCUGCCGGGGCCGGCGCUCGGCACCGUCCUGUGCGCGGAGCUCUGCCUCGGCCUCCGCUCUGCGCCCCCCGCGUGUGCCAGGGCACAGUGGUGACCUCUUCCCCUACUAGUGUGGCCUCACAGAAGGACCUGGACAGGAGGUGGGAGAAGAAGCAACCAGAGAACAAGACGAGGGAGACAAAGUGCAGCCUCAAGGAAGAGAAGGAGGAAGAGGAUGAGGACAAGAUGGAGGAUGACAAUGCUGAGGGGAAUGAUGACUAUGAGUAUGAGGAGAAGGAGGUUGAUGAGAAGGAAGAGGAGAAGUAUGAGAAUGACAUCAUGGCAGCCCCCUCUGUGCCACCCAAACAGCUGAAUCAGUGCCCUGAGUGUGGGCAGAGCAUCCCGCCUGGCUCAGAGCCAGCAGAGCACUGCUGCCCCCUCCUCUGCACCCAGCCCUUCAUCUGUGGUGACUGUGGCAAGAGCUUCACUGCGACCUCCAUACUCCUCCAGCACAACCUCAUCCACACCGGCGAGAAGCCGUUCAGCUGCUGUGAGUGCAGCAGCAGCUUCAUCGAGAGCUUCAGCCUCGGCAGCCAGCAGCAUAUCCGUGCUGGAGAGAAACCCUUCACCUGUGCCGCCUGCGGCCUGAGCUUCAGCGACGAGAAACAUCUCCUCAGGCACUGUGGCACCCACACGGACAAGAAGCCUUUCACCUGCCCCGACUGCGGCAAGAGCUUCAGGCAGAUCUCUGGGCUCACUCAACACCACCUCGCUCACACUGUCCAGAAGCCUUUCGCCUGCCUGGACUGCGGCAAGCGCUUCAGCCACAUCUCUACCCUCCGCAACCACCACCGCAAGCACACGGGGGAGAAGCUGUUCCCCUGCGCCGAGUGCGGCAAGAGCUUCACCACCAGCUCCAGCUUCAUCCGGCACCAGCUCAGCCACAGCGGCGAGAAGCCCUACAGCUGCGCCGACUGCGGCGAGCGCUUCAGCCGCAGCUACAGCCUGAACCAGCACCGCCUCAUCCACACGGGCGAGAAGCCCUUCACCUGCCCGGAGUGUGGGAAGAGCUUCAGGCAGAGCAACUACCUGACCCAACACCGCCUCAUCCACACCGGUGAGGCCUUCCCCUGCCCUGACUGUGGGAAGAGCUUCAGGCAGGUCGCUACGCUCCGCAUCCACCGCCGCAUCCACACCAGAGAGAAGCUGUUCCCCUGUGCCGAGUGCGGCAAGAGCUUCACCACCAGCUCCAGCUUCAUCCGGCACCAACUCAUCCACAGCGACGAGAAGCCCUUCAGCUGCGCCGACUGCGGCAGGAGCUUCAGCCGCAGCUACAAUCUGACCCAGCACCGCCGCACCCACACUGGUCAGCAGCCCACGCUGCAGGGGAGGCACAAAUAGCUCCACCUGGGGUCUGUUGGGGUCAUCUUGGUCUCUCUGCAAAGGUCUUCUAAUGUUCCCCUUGGCACACAAAAGGAGAUGACAGAGCCUUCCUCAACCAACUCCUGAGUUCCUUCUCCAUUUAGGUGAUCCCUGAAAGAACCUUCUCUCCUGAGCCAGCAGGUUGAGCCAGAGCAUAGUUGAACUUUGAAUCUCAUGACUGACGCUCACUGGAAUGGCUGAAGGGCACUGGGGGGGCAGUGGCAGUGUCCACAGUAAAGCAGCAAGGCCACUGCUGGGGCAGUGGCAGUGUGUUUGUUUCUCAUCCUUUUAGGCCUGCUGUGCUGGGGAAGUCUCACUUCUUUCUCCCUGUCUGAAAUGAAUAUAGAGAAUUUCAUGGUGCAA